CCAUAUGUCAACAUACAUUAUGCAGAAAACUUGUUGAUCAAAAUAUGAGAAAAUCGCCCAGAAGAGACGUCAAAUGUUGGAAUUUUAGUAGCUAGUGAUAUACCUGGAUACCUAAAGAUAUGGGAAAGCGAAAGAAUGGCGAGGAAACGGCAGAGGGAGACCAAACAAUCCCUCUCCCAAUCCAGACAUUCCUAUGGAGGCAGUCGAGUGCUUUUAUUCGACCAAAGCUAGGAAAGAUGACUGAAGCUUCAUGCAUGUCAUUUGAGAGGGUCCUUGUACAGAACAUCCACCAUGGGCUAUCCCCAAGUCUUUGUGAAGCCAUACAGAGUAUUUCACGCUGGAAAUUAAUCCAAGGAGCCUUCCCCCAUGUCAUGCAUUGCUGCGGGUCCCUUUUACAUGCUAGGAAACAAUCUGAUCCCCAUGGUAAAUUUACCACUGCCCAGACAAAGUUGCUAUACACCCUACAUUGGAUUCUCUUAGACUCAGCAUCAGAAUGUGAAGAUUCAGAUGCUGAGAAACCUACCAAUAACAAUAAAGCUCCGUUAUCUUACAUGCAUAGCAUAGACACAGUCCAGCUAUUUGUCUAUCUAUUUGCUCCCCUUGUCUCCAGUCUCCGUGAAUCAGAUUUUCAGAGUUUGAAACUUGAGAGUGGAUUAAGGCUGUGGCAGGCAAUAUGGGAGUUCCGCCAACCAGAUAUACUGUGUUUUUCAACCCCUGUGAAGCCCAAAAGAACUCUUUUGAAAGCACAGAGACAAACAGUAAAAAUUGACAACACAAAUGCUGCCAACAUUUUUAUGGGACAGAACGGAGGUGCAGAUGAUGGUGGCAUAUUUUUAGGAUUUGAUAGCCCAGAAUUAGCUGCAGAGACUCAUUCUCCAACUGAGGUCUCGCCAUCUCAUUCAGUCAAUCACAUGGCUCCGAUUGCACGCAUGAGUGAUAUCUGCGACUCAUCAUCUAUAUCCGACUCAAGGUCAAUUAUGGAGGUGAUAUGUGAGAUCUGCAAUGGGAUACUGCAUAGCAAGCAAGGUGAGCCUGUGAAUUGUAUUUGUAAAACCCCCAGGAAUAGCGUUGUCUCAUUCUCAGACCCGACACCCACACAGAAAAGUCAAACAACAGGUGAACUACCGAAUGUAGGAACAGUUCCAGAUGCAAAUGAACCAGUUGAUAAGGAUUACAUCCAACAAAGCUUAAGAGAUGCAUCAAGGGGGGCCAUACAACAAGAUGUCUUAAUGGCAAGUUACUUUGACGUAGCUGUGCUGAGAUGUUUAUUCUGUUCAAAUUGGUGUGAAGAUGGAGUCUACUGGGCCUUGAGGUAUAUCCACAAUCGACUCCUUGAUAUUUGUGAUGAGAUAAAACAUAGUGAUCAGACCAGAGAACGGAGCAAAUCAUUACCAAUUCCUGAUAUUAAAGUGUCUGUUUAUGCGUCACCUCAGCUCCAAAGGCAGACUAGCAGAAGUGCCAACUUCAGUAUAGCUGGUAGAAUUGAACCUGCACCAAAGAAAUUCAAAGUAUCAGAACUCAAGAGUUUCUUUGAACCAAGAAUUCCCCAUGUUAGGAAGCUUGAUGAGAAUUCACCAGUCCCACCUGUGAAACUUGUUUCACCAGCGACAGACAACCCAAACAUAGAUGUCACUGCUGUAGAUUCUGAUUCAAGGUCAAAUUCUCCACUUGGCAAGGUCAAUGAGGAAGAAAAUGAAUUAUCAAGCAGUACAAUGUCAGAUUCAAUGACAGAUUUAGUGCGUCAACAAAGCAUGCCGACACUUGUUUCAACAAGUGAUAAUGUUAACCUUCCAGUACGCAACUCCUCAUCCCCAAAUAUUCUUCGUCACAAAAUAGACCAAAAUAUGACCUUGAAGCCUGAGCUCCUGAAUAGACCAAUCAUAACAAUAACACAAGACACACCAAGCUCUCCAACAGUCUCUGAAUGGUCAAAAACAGAAAAUGGAAAACGAGGCGACACCCCAGGGGGCACACUGACCAGGUCAUUGACUGAUUCAAAUAUCAGCUACAAGAAAGAGCCCGAAGUGACUGAAGUAUCUGGAUCUGUGCAUUACAUACAACAGAAUGGACAGCUGAAUUAUAAGGUUAUUCUCAAGUCUCUCCAUGCAGUCUCUAGUGGAGAGUUGAGUGCCAGGGUCUGUGCAGUUGUACUCAACAUACUCAACUGCCUCAUGGACUUGGAGGUCAUCGAGAAAAAGGAGAAGAAAGCCAAGAAGGCUGGAUCUAAGGAAGAGAAACAAGAAGAAUUGUUGAAGAAGCCAAGGAAGAAAACUAAUGAGAUGGGACCACAUAAUCUCGCUAUGGAUACCCUUAUAAGGGUAUUCAAGUCUAUAGGGUGUCCACAUGGUUGUGGGGAUGGAUACAGAGGUGCAUCAGGUGAACACUUAAGAUCCCAGGGCCAGGAUUGCCUCAGUCGACUCCAACGCUUAAAUCCUGUGGAGUUCCGCAGAUACAUGCAGGACGUUGUACAGAGACAGCCGUUACAGGACAUUAUUGAUUUCUUGCAUGCAUUUCUUGGCUUUUGCGUUGAUCCAUCCACUUCGGUAUAUUCACCCCAAGUUCAAAAGCGUACCCUUUCCCAAGAGGGAAUGGUCAUCAGGAGUGGAUAUGCGACAAACUUUGGACAGAGCAUCGGUGGUGUUGGAAUGCGAGGUGUAGAAGGGGUCUUAAUUGCCAACAUAUUGAAAAGUCUUGUGACAAGAUUUAUGGAUUCUUAUAAUGAACUGCACAGUCACGAGA